AUGAGACCCAAAAUCACAGCAUUGUCAGUGCUUAGCAGCGCAGUUGCAGCCGGUAUAGGCCUUUGGUUGGCUUAUAAAUAUUUUUACCGUAAAAAACUGGGCAAGAGAGGUGCAGUCAAGUCCUUGUAUAUUUACCCGGUUAAAUCAUGCGCUGGAAUCAAAUUAGAGCAAGCUGAGAUCACGAAAAUCGGUGUGCUACUGGAUAGGUAUGUAGCAAUUUAAUACUCCUGUUACAAAUUAUAUUUUUUUGAAAACUUAAUUUAAACGAUUUUACUCGUCAAGGGGAUAGUGUUGCCACUCAAUGCAUAUUUGAUCAGACUACCUAUUAAUACUUUAAGUGGCAAUGUGCCCCAAUGUGCCCUUAACGUUAUUAUUUUAAUAUUGAAUGUCUAACCAAAAUAAUUUUACUCUGUCUAACUCCAGACAAUUUUACUUGUCAAGUGGAGAGUGCUGCCAGCCUGCCACAGUGCCACUCAGUGGGUUAAUUAAAUAAAAAGCCCCUCCCUAAUAGGGGAUUAAAAGAAUUAUGUAAUAUCUCUAACUGAUGUAACUUCUACAUGUUAUUACCAACUUUCAGGUCAUGGGCAUUGUUGAACUCAAAAGGCAGUGUGCAGACUAUGCGUCAAUUACCAAAGAUGGCUUUGAUCCAACCGUCAUGUGAAGAGACAAAGUAUUUAUGUCUUGAUGCUCCUGGUAUGCCGACACUGAAACUAGACAUGGAUGUUGAUGAAAGUGAAGUGGAAAAGAAAAUGCUUGAGUAUGUCAUGCUUGAGUAUGUUGCUCUGUGCAAAUAAAUGUGUGAUUACUUUACUCAUCAAAGAGAAGUGGAGGAAUUGGGACUUAAAGGGUUAACCUAUCCACCCAUGCCUGAUUUGUUAACAGAUUAAACCAUAGUCUAAUGUAUUACUCUGUAUACACCAAGGGGAAGUGUUUUCCAUAUGUCUCUUGUUAACCCAUUAAACCACAAAAUUAAUGCACUUUAAAUGCAUACCCCCCACUUACUCUAUCUGACAACAUUCAUUUUUCCUUCUAUGUUAUAGAAAUGUGUUGUGUAUUACGAGUUAAUUAUAAAAGGACCUCUGGUCAUGGGCAGACCUCCUUGUCCUCCUUCACAUUCCCCCACCAAAAUCAUGGAACUAGUUAACUAUCCUUUUUCAUAAUUAUUAAUAUUAUAGUCAUUGUGGCAUGCAUGGUGAAGGUUUAGAUUGUGGAGAUGAGGCUGGCAAGUGGUUUGAUGAGUAUUUGGGAAAGCCUGGUCAUAGGUUGUUCAAUGGUUGUAGUGAAUGUUUAAAACGUCGAGAAUUGAAAGACCAUGCAGUAUGGGGGAAUUCAGUGCAGCCCGACGAUAAGGUUAGCAUUGCUGGAUUGAUUUUGAUGAAGGACAGGGUGUUAGCCAGGCGGCCGCCCAACCGUCCUAUGGACGGCCACAUCUGAAUUUGGACGGCUAAAUUUUAAUGGAUGGCCUAAGGGAAUAUUUUCUAAAAAUAGCAACCUACAAGCUUUGUAAUAUUUCUUGAAUACUUCGCGCCAUAUUUUUGGCGACACGUUACAGUUACGGUAGUGAUCAUACCAUACGUUUGCUUUUACUAAUUUAAUGACGAAAAUGUGCAUCUAAAACUAAAAGUAAAAAGGUUCAACGAACAAAACACCACAAUUCUUCAACAACAGAAAAUUGCCGCCACGCCCAAAAACAUGUGACCACGCCCACAAAAAUAUGUUGCCACGCCCACAAAAUUAUUUUGGACGGCCACUUUUGAAAUCCUGGCUAACACCCUGAUGAAGGAGUGAUAUGCACUAAUGACUGUGCAAGACCCAAUACCCUUAUGACCUUACAAUUCUCUCUUUGGUUUAGAUGGUUUACCAGGAUAGCUCUCCAAUAAUGAUGGUAUCUGAGGCAUCAUUAGAAGCUGUAAACAAAGAGUUGGAAAACCCAGUUGACAUUAGAACAUUCCGACCUAGUAUUUUUAUUGAAGGUUGUUUUGAAUUUGAGGAGGAUUCAUGGCAGAGUGUACAAAUUGGCAAUGUUCUGUUAAGAAAAUUGCGACAAAAUACCAGGUAUGUAUAUAAUUAUAAUGCAUCUUUAUUCAUUGGAUGCAUCUAUCAAUCUGUAUCGAUGAACCACUUUAAUUUUUGCCUAUAGUUCAAUACAUCAAUCAUUUCAUCACAACCAUGCAUACCUGAAGUUUGCAAUUGGUAUAAAGUCAGACUGGAAGCAUUCUGUAUCAUGUGCAACAUUUCACUCAAAUAACGAUGCAUAUUACAGGAAUUAAACCAGGAAAUCAAAUCACAGGUAGAAGGUAUAUAUUAUGCACUAAAUGUUCUAACAAUACUAUGGAAAAUAUUAAUUGUUCAUUCAGAUGUGUAUUAACAACAGUUGACAUGGAUGCUGGUGUAAAACGAAAUGAUGGAGAACCGCUGGAGACUCUAAAAAGGUGAUGUAGGAUUGUGGCUUUGAAUUUAGUUAAUGCUCCCUAACUUAGCCAUUCUGUCCACUGUCUGCCUAUUAAUCAUUCAGAUUUUGUUGGUAUCUCACUCGAUUCAAUAGUUGAAGGGUGUUGUUGAUGGAAAUUAUUAACAAAAUCUUAAUAUUUACCCAUCAUCUAAAACAUGGCAGCACCCUGUAUUUAUAUAUACAUGAGCUUGUGGUUAGAGCUUGACAACUGGCCUCUGUAGCUCAGUUGGUUGGAGCACUGCACCGGAAUUGCAGGAGCACAAGUUCAAUUCCUGCCAAGGACCUAAAGUUACAUUUUUCACAGCUGUUCCUGGUUAUAUAAAUUAUAUAAAUUUCCAUCAACAACUCCCUUCAGUCAAUCAUUCAGCCAACUAUUUAUGACUCUCUUUUCUCUUAUUCAGAAUAUGUGUAUCUAAAGGUGAUGAUGCAAGAUAUGGACAGAGGCCUUUGUUUGGAAAUCAUUUUGUUGCUGAUAUACCUGGGCAGAUUCAUGUUGGAGAUGAUGUCACUGUUCUUGCUUAAUUAACCUGAUCAGAGCCAGCACUCUAGUCUCCCAUUCAUGAGUAAAAUUGUCUGGCGUAAGACAAAGUAUUAAACAUCAUGGUACGUUAAAUUAACCCAUUAAGUUGCAUUGCACCCCAAUGUGACCUACUUUAUUAUUUUACUAUGUCUAAACACCAGAUCAUUUUACUCGUCAGGGGCAUGGGUUAAUUUAUUCAGAAAUAUGGCACUCCAUGUCAUAUUUAAAAAUGGUUAAAUAGGUACAGUAUGCUAAGCGUACAUGUAUCAGCUCAUGGUGAUUGCAUCGUUGCCAUGGAGUUCAAUCAAUACUCAGUAGCUUGUAAAAAUAUUAAGAAACUGACGUUUAUUAAGCCAUUGAGUGGCAGGACUCUCCACUUGACGAGUAAAAUCGUCUGGCGUUAGACAGAGUAAAAUACUAAAGUAGGGCGAAUCACAAUGCAUUGCCACUUAAAGGGUUAAGAGGAUGCAUGGGCAGUUUGGUUAACCCUACAUUGAGUGGCAGCACUCUCCACUUGAUGAGUAAAAUUGUCUGGCAUUAAUAGACAGAGUAAAAUACUAAAGUAGGGUGCAUCAGGGUGCAUUGCCACUUAAUUAAAAGUUGACUAGUUAAAUGAUCGAGGUUAGAUUUAUACAGGGUUCGUUCAUGUGAAGAAGAGUCAAAUUCAAGGCCAUGUAUCAGCAAAUUCAAGGACUAAAUACUGAAGAAAAAGGGUUAGAAAUCAGUAAAAUCUGACGUUGAAUUUUUCAAAACGCAACUUUAAUGAGUUUCGAACAGCUUUGUCCGACAGUUUUUUACAAAUUUUUGGUGUUAAAAAACAUACAUAUGCAUUAUAUUACUCCAUAUUUUUAGCAAAAUUUGUCGUCUUUGGCACCAGAACAAUCACACAGUGAGCAAAACAUUUUGGUAAAUGUCCUUUGACUCUCAACAAACACUAGCUUCACAGCGCUACAAGAAUGGCGGGAAUGCGCGGGAUCUCCAACCACGAGUUAUUAAAAAUUAACUAGCUUUAUCUUGCCGUGACUUUUUAUUUUGCCCUGAGUUAAUUUCGUUUUCCCGCGAGUUAACUUUAUUUUUCCGUGAGUUAAUUUCUGUUUUGCCGUUGCAGUUAAUUUUAUUUUGCCGUGGCUCAGUUAAUAGACGGAAUUUUCCGCGCCUUUACUUUCGCUGUGAUAGUGGGCCACAUUAUUUUAUAGCGCCUGGGGGCGGGGCAGCUCGACAAUUACCCAAACUCUUAUUAAAGAACGACGUUUCGAAGUCAUCUUGACCUCAUUUUCAACAGAAAACGAUUAAAUUAGUAUAAAUAGCGUUUACAAAUAAUUGCGCUAAGCUUGUUAAGCAAACUCUUCCAAGCUUGGUAAGCUUGGUGGGAUUAACAGAUCACUUCAUUUAGCCAAUCAGAUUACCAGCUUUUUUGGAUCGUGAUCUGAUUGGUUAAAAUGAAGGCGGACCAGAAAGUAGACGGGUACCUACAAAAUAGCGAAAUAGCUGGUAUCCUGGCGUGAAACUUUACAACUUAAAAUAGUUUAAUUUAGGUUUUUAAUCUUGUUUCUAAAUUUGAUAUGACAUAAAAAAGUAGUAAAGAUAGAUUUUUAUAAGUUAGAUAAAAAACACAAAACACACUGCUAACUUUGUUUAGUAGCAAUCAAUUGAUCGGUAAAUUAGAUGAUCUGUUUUUAUAUCGAAUGGUAAAUUAGAAAUAAAAUUUUUAAAAAGAAAAGUGCCUCAUCAGUCCAUACUUCCCGACUCUGCUAGCCCGUAUCGGUCAAGUCCGUCUCGUGCUAGCCGCUAGAACGCCGUAUGUUAACGUUUAAGCUAGAUUUCGGCUAAACUCAACGCUAUCGUCAGAGGCGGUGAAUAGGUGGCUUACCAACCGGUAUCGAACGAACUACGGGGGAGAGUGCCGGCGGCCCCCAGACCAUUACGCCUGGCACCCUUUUCGCAAGAUCCUAUGAUCGGUAACUACCACACACAAGUAAUAGUAACAUUUCGGUAUAUAAGUACGUUACAGUUGCCUGGCGUGGUGCAUGUGGGACGCUUUAGGUCGGUGUUUACCAAACCAUUGAAACAAACGCAUGCGCGAUAACUUGACACUCGGGUAAACGUAGCGCAUGCGUGGGCAUCAUCCAAUCAGGACGCAGGAAAAUUUCGCACUGGUCCCGCGAGUUCGAGACACGUGCGAGACGGCUCAAAAAUUUCAAAAAAUUAUUUGUUUUCAAAACAAAUUCAGAUGAAAAUAUUUAUUAUUCACAUGUAUUUGCUUGUCGAAGGUUAAAAUUUAAAGAUUAUAUCUAUCUAAGACGAUGAAUCAACUGGAAUAUAUGAAGGCGAAGUGAAAUCUACACCGUCAAUUAACCAAGAGGUCGCGCCGCCAUUGGUUUCUACUUUCUAGUCUGACACGAAAGGUACAACGCUUUUAAUAUAUUUUGUACUGUUUUGUUUCCUUUUUUGACGAUAGUUGAUGCGAAAAUAUUCUUGUCUGAAGCUUGCUUCAAUCGUCAAAAGAGGAAAGUUCUUAGUUUGGCUUGAUUAGUAUUUGUAUUUAUGAAUCCUAUAUUUAAUAAUUAUUAACUUCCUUUUAAUAACCUGGAUAUAAAGUUUCUAUUUAAAUCUUGCACAUAGUGUAAAUUCUUGCAUACAGAAUACACCCUUCUGGAAAGUAUCUUAAUACUUUGGCCAUAAAGCCUAACAUCAUGCAAUAUCAUGAAAGGGAUGGCCAAGGUGAUGUCAGUACUUUCCAGAACCAUUCAAUCAUGUUUAUAUUGUCUUGAAUUGUAUGAUUCAGCUAGGAUAUAUGAAACGUUGGAUAGUAAUGGGUCAUUCCAGAAAACAUCCAUACCACCCCCACGAAGGAAAUAGGAAGUUAACCCCCCACCCCCUUCGGAUGUCCCAAUACAUUUACUAUUAUCAGAAACAAUUUUCUCUCCCCUCCCCCUCUGGACGGCAGAAAUUUCCUCCGUGGGGGGAGUAUCUUUUCUGGAACAACCCAAUAUACCGUAAACCUCGGAGUAUAACCCUCCUCCUGGUAUAAGCCUACCAUAUUCACUAACACACAGGCCAUUCCAAAUAUAAGCCCCCCCCCCAUGUCUAAAGCAUUGGUUAAUUAGCACCGUGACAGUGAUUCCAACAGCUCAGACGAGUGAGAAUAAUUAUAGAUUACAGUAUUGUAAUGUAUAGAUUAUACACUGUAUGUUUGUAUAUCGAUCAUUUCAUCACAGUCACGCAUACCUGAAGUUUGCAAUUUGUAUAAUAAAGUCAGCCUGGAGGCACUCUGUACCAUGUGCAACAUUUCACUCAAAUAACAAUGCAUAUUACAGGAAUUAAACCAGGAAAUCAAACCACAGGUAGAAGGUAUAUAUGCACUAAAUAUUCUAUCCAUACUAUGGAAUAUUAAUCGUUCACUCAGAUAUGUAUUAGCAAGAGUUGACAUAUGCAUGCUGGUGUGAAACGAAAUGAUGGAGAACCGCUGGAGACUCUAAAAAGGUGAUGUAGGAUUGUGGCUUUGAAUUUAGUUAAUGUUCCCUAAGAUAGCCUAUCAGUCAAUCUGUCCACUGCUGUCUAUUAUCAAUCAUUGAGAUUUUGUUAGCAUUUUGCUCGAUUCAAUAAAUUAUCGAGUGGAAAUUUAUAUUCAUUUUAUUAGACCUAUAACCAGUAUAGACCCUUUUCAUAAAUGUCUGCCGAUUAAAAAUUCUUUUAUGUGCAUAUAAAUUGGCCCAACUAGCCUCAUACUCAUGUUAAGAUUUCAAAGGAAUUUCUACCUAGAAACGAGGCUAGUUGGGCCAAUUUAUAUGCACAUAAAAGAAUUUUUAAUCGGCAGCCAUUUAUGAAAAGGGUCUAUAAUGCCAAGAAAAUCUUAAAUAUUUACCCAUAACCUAAAACAUGGCAGUACCCCUCUCUCCUCCGCAGAGGCUUUAAAUGGCCGCCUGCGCUCCUUCGCCCAGCAGCUACGCUCGUGUUCCAAGAUCCGCCAUGUAAAGUGUAGUGAAAUGUAUCUCAUCAUAAUAUUAAAUCCUAAGAAAACUAAAGCCUCUGCGGAGGAGAGAGGCAGUACCCUAUAUUUAUAUAUACAGGAGCUUGAGGUUAGAGCUUGACAAUUGGCCUGUGUACCUCAGUUACUUGGAGCACUGCACCAGAAUUGCAGGGCGACAGGUUCAAUUCCUGCCAAAGACCUGAAGUUACAUUUUUCGCAGGUGUUCCUGGUUAGGUCUAAUAAAAUGUAUAUCAAUUUCCACUUGAUAACUUCCAUCAACAAAACGCUUCAGUCAAUCAUUCAGCCAACCAUUUAGGACUCUCUUUUCUUUUAUUCAGAAUACGUGUAUCUAAAAGUGGUGAUGCAAAACAUGGACAGAGGCCUUUGUUUGAAAAUCAUUUUGUUGCCGAUAUACCUGGGAAGAUUCAUGUUGGAGACAAUAUCACUGUCGUCACUGUUCUUGCUUAA